AAUAACUGCCAUUAAUUUCUUCCAAAACUCAACAUAAACUUCAAUUAGUUAUAUAAAUACCCAAAAUCAAACCCUUAAAUUUAUAGCAUAAAAACUAGUAAGAAACAAACCCUAGACAUUGGAAUUUAGCAAUUCCAUUAUUAUCGAUGGCUUCUUUACAGUCUGGAGCAGCAGCAGAAGCAGCCACAGCGAAAGCAAAUGAUGGUGGUGAGUACAAUCAUCUUGUAAUGGGAAAGAAGAGGAAUUGGGGGUUUGUUUUGUUGAGAUUAGUGGCUUCAUUUGCCACUGCCUCAGCAACCCUUGUUAUGGCUCUUAAUAAAGAGACUAAAUCUAUUGUCGUUGCCACUAUUGGGACUGAUCCUCUUACUGCCAAUCUAUCUGCUCAUUUCUAUCACACUCCUGCCUUUAUAUUCUUUGUCAUAGCAAAUGGAAUGGCCACUCUACACAACUGGAUGAUGAUAGCCCUACACAUCUUUGGACCCAAAUUUCAUUCCAAUGGCUUCCGUCUUCCAAUUAUUUCCAUUCUAGACAUGACGACCGUGGCUCUUGCAUCGGCAGGAGACGGUGCAGCGACUUUCAUGGCAGCGCUUGAGAACGGAAACAAGCAUGCAAGAUGGAACAAGAUUUGCGACAAAUUCUCUACCUACUGUGACCAUGGCGCCGGUGCGCUCAUUGCCUCCUUUGUUGGUCUCUGUCUUCUUCUUAUCAUCUCCGCCAUCUCCAUUAUUAAGCCGCUACAUAAAUCGAACAGACCAUUCGCGUCCCCAUAGCUGACUUGCUUUCAUACACAUCAUUUUAUUUCAUCCACUGUGUUUGGUUGGUUUAGUUUUAUAUCCUUUGCUUGUAACUCCCGUGUUGAUCAAGAAAAUUGAUGCCAUCAUAAAAGUUUUUGUUUUUGUUUUGUUUUUGUUUUAUAAGAGUAUUCUAUAUUUGAAAUUCGGUUAAAAUGUAGUAUGGCCAUCAUUUUAAAUUCGUACAACAUUUUAUUGAUGUCAACAACUAUAUGAACAAGUUAUGUUAUUACUUUUCCAUAAUGAAACUCAGUUAAGUUGUUUGUUUUAUGUUA